GUGUGUGCUUGCCAUGCAUUUUAUCAUGGUGUGUACAUUUACCUGGACUUUUGAAUAUUUAUCUCGCGACCUUAUAGAUGUCCCAGAACAGUUGUACCUAUACGUAUUUCACGUCGGUGAUGCAAUUCGACUGAGAUCAGUUUGUGCUCGCCUGUUUUACAGAUAUUCGUUGACUAGCGAUGGCGACACUAGGAGUCUGGUUGACUGGAUUGCUGAUUUUCAUCAUUUCUUUACUGAUUCUGUACCUUGUAUAUUCGACAUGGAAUUUCGGCAUAUUCAAGAAAAUGGGAAUAAAAGGACCACCUCCUAACCCUUUCUUUGGAAACCAUAUGGUCAUUGCCAAGAAGGGAUUUCCAGAAGCUGACAUGAUGUGGUGGAGAGAACAUGGGGAUGUAUUUGGAUACUUCAGCGGCAGAUCUCCAAUGCUAGUUGUCGCUGACCCAGACAUGCUAAAGGAGAUUCUUGUCAAACAAUUUCAAAACUUCACGGAUCGAAUAGUUUUCAAAGGUUUCAAUGGUGAUCUGGAAGAAAAUUUGAGCGCCCAGCAGGGAAAAGCAUGGAAACGUUGUAGAGCAAUCGUAUCCCCAACGUUUACAUCUGGCAAACUUAGAAAGAUGGACCCACUUAUCAAGGAAGCUGGCGAUGCACUCGUUCAGCACAUUAAAAGGACUAUCAAAACCAAUGAUAAAGUGGAGUGUACUUGGUUGUUUGGAUGUUACACUGUAGACGUGAUUGCCUCAACAGCCUUCGGGAUUAAAAUUGAUUCCCAGAGUGAUCCCGAGGACAAAUUUGUGCGGAUGGUUUCAAAACUCAUUGCCGUAAAAUUAUCCUCGCCUCUCCUUUUUAUAGCAUUUUUACUUCCCGCACUUGGAAUACCAUUGGCAAAACUUUUAAAAGUGUCAUUCGUGGAUAGUGAGGCCUCAUCAUUUUUCAGGAAAGAGAUAGAAAAAGCAAUCAAUACAAGAGACUCCAGUAAAAAGGAAUAUAUAGAUUUCAUCCAGCUGAUGAUGGAGGCUCAUAACGACGAUCCAGAUGAAACGAAUGAGAAAAGAGGAUUAACAUCUACAGAAAUCAUCGCAAAUUGUCUGCUGUUUUUCUUCGCUGGGUAUGAGACGACUGCCAGCACUCUUUCAUUCCUGGCAUAUUUUCUUGCUAUCCACCCAGACGUCCAACAAAAGAUAUACGAAGAGAUAUUGUCAGAGCUGGGCGAUGAGGAACCGGGUUAUGACAAUAUCGGAAAGCUGAACUAUAUGGACAUGUGCAUCAAUGAAACGAUGAGGAUGUACCCCAUAUCUCCCAGGACGGACCGAACGUGUGUUCACGAUGCUGAAGUUAAAGGUUUGAAGAUACCAAAGGGCAUGGAUAUUGCUAUACCAAUAUGGAUUUUACACCAUUCUGAUAAGCUAUGGGAAAAUCCUGAAAAAUUUGAUCCAGAGAGAUUUUCAGCUGAAAAUAAAGCCAAAAUGAAUCCAUACCAGUUCUUGCCUUUCGGUUAUGGACCCAGACUAUGUAUCGGGAAGAGGCUUGCGCUAACGGAGAUUAAAAUAGCAAUGACGAAACUACUUAGGGAAUUUGAAAUUAAAACAUCUACUGAAACACAUAUACCACCAAAGCUGAAGAACUCCGGUCUUGUUAAACCGGAAGACAUGUGGUUGAAAAUAACUCAACGAAAAUCAACAUAAUAUUCUAAGUAUACGGAGAUCUUUAUUUUCAUUCAGUUAAAAUAAAUAUUGUCCAGGUGUCAGAUUACUGAAAAGUCAUAGAAACACUAUCAAAUCAGAUUUAUAUUAAUCAAUGUUUUGCCAGUGAUAAUAAAAUAGUUCUUGCAUGAU